AUUGAAUUCAUUCCCCAGCAACACCAAAGUACAUCCUUACUUUGUUCGUUUCAACACCUCCAGGUAGACUCGUAAUCGCUUUUCAACUCUAACCAACUUGAACACUGUUAAUAGUACUACUACCUAAGGUAGGUAAUGGAUGUCAUCAUGGGUAACCCAACUUCAACACAACUUCAAGCUUCCUCUCCUUCUUUCCUUUCCUCCCUCAAUAGCCUCAGAAGUCAUGGCGCCUACUUUGACCAUCGCCCUUGGGGCCGUAGCUGUCACCUACCUGUUUCUUCGUCUUCUCCUCUACUUGACUCAGGAUUCAAGAGAACCACCAGCCAUUGAGACGUCGCUUCCCUUCAUUAGUCCUCUAAUUGGUAUGUUCAGGGAAAGGCAACGCUACCACGUUCGAUUAAGGAAUAAAUAUAGACUACCCAUCUAUACUCUGCGCUUACCCUUCUCCCGAAUUUAUGUCGUCAACUCUACCGAGCUCAUCCCUGCGCUACAGAAACAAUGGCGCACCGUCAGUUUCCCCGCCAUAGCUGCCGAUGCAGGCUAUAUCGUCGGCAUGAGCAAGGAGGCCAUUGAAAUAAUGCACCAGGAUCUAACAAAUGAGCAUAGCUUCAGUGUGAGCUGGCCUCGCUAUAUCAUAUCUGCAAUGGGACCCGGAAGUGAUCUCGAUGCGAUAAACAGAAAGUCCAUUGAGAUCCUAGCCGACGAAAUGGACACACUCAGAGCACAGGGAACCGUCAGGGUUGGCCUACGGGAAUGGUCACGUCAUACAAUGACCGUAACUACAACUGAGGCCGUCUGGGGGCCGCUGAAUCCAUACCGGGAUAAUGCCAUAGCGGAAGCCUGGAAAACAUUUGAGGCUGGAUUUUUGACUCUUGCCAUUUUCCCGAUGUCCUCGUUCCUAUUCCCUAAGCUCUUUCGCGCGCGCGAGCUCGCCGCCGCCGCCAUGAUAGAGUAUAUGCGUAAAGACGGAUAUAAAACUGCCUCUGGACUCGUAAAGAAGCGCUACGAGCAUCACCGAGGGCUAUUUGGCAUGAGUCUUGAAGAUGUCGCACGCGGGGAGCUUGGCAACACAUUUGCCGUAUUGGGAAAUACAACACCUUGCUCAUUAUGGGUCCUUUUUCAUGUCUUUUCGGAUAAGAAGGUGCUGGAUGAUAUCCGUGAAGAGCUCCUUGCCCUUGUCCACGAAGAUGGCCGUGACCAGGAUGGCAAUGUCUGCUGCUCUGUUGAUUUGGCCGGUAUUCGCACCUCCUGUCCUGUUCUUUUAAGCACUUUCCAAGAGACACUGCGUUACCGCGCUGUCAAUCCAGGCCCACGAGUACUUCUCGAGGAUGUGCUCCUGGAAGACGGUACUCUUCUGAAGAAGAACAGCAUGCUCAUGAUUCCCGCUCCUGUACAACAUACCGAGGUUUCGAAUUGGGGCGAGGAUGCUAAUGUAUUUGACCACAUGCGCUUUGCGCGCAAGCCGGGACCAGGGCAGAAGAAGCCAAACCGGGUGGCGUUUCGUGCCUUUGGCGGUGGCCAUGUGCUUUGCCCUGGCCGCCACUAUGCUACCACUGAGAUCAUGGCAUUCGCGGCCCUUUUAGCACUUCAGUUUGACGUGGUGCCUGUCUCUGGUGAGUGGGUUGAGCCUAUAUGGAAAAACUCGCCCGUGACGUCCGGAUUUCCUAUCCCGGACGAGGAAAUUGAGGUCGAACUUCGUCCAAGAGACUUGAACAAGAAAUGGCGUGUCACAUUUUCGGGUUCAGACCAGGCCAUGAAUAUUGUGACUGAAGAUGGUUAAAUGGCCCUGUCACGUCACGGUUCUCUUUUCUCUUUGGAGUAUCUCACUUGUACUAUAUCACACUUCGACUAUAUAUAUAACACUUGUACUACUGGGUACCAAAUCGGUUAUGUCUAUUAGACGCAUUUCUAUGACAUUUAUUUUUACCUACCUUGUAAACAACUGCCAAAUCUGUAUCCACCUACCUACUUACCUAGGUACCUAUAGUAUUAUAGGAAGCAACUUACCUCUAUAUAUCGAGAUAUGUUCAUUUACCAGGCUUCUAGACCCAAGCCACCAAGCAUCAAGCCUCUGCCCUCUUUCCACCGGUCUGCUUCGAGCAAGAUUCAACACACCAAUGACACAUCUUCGACCCGUUUUCCAGCCGGUUAAAGCUACACCCACACGGGCAACUACAGGGGAAAAGCGCCCUGCACUUCCCACACCUACUAUGGUUGCAACUGUCACAAAGCAUCGCAUUAGCCAGGGACCGGUUCUCGCCCCCGCACCGGUGACACUUCCAGCUGAGCAUCGGGACGCGCCUAUUAUUCCGCGCCGGGUCCGACGAGCAGCUGCCCCUCGCACACGCGUCGCAGAGCGCCCUGCCUGCC